GCAGCAGCAGCAGCAGCAGCAGCAGCAGCAUCACAGAACAGUAGAGAACAGUAGAGAACAGACGGCUGGAGAUCCAUCAGGGGAAUAUCAGGAGACCUGCUGCUGGAGUGAAGCGUCAGCAGACAGCAGCUGUGUGCAGGGUCUGAUGAGCGCCCUGUCUGGCAGCGCCGAGAUGCAGACUGCCGCUCCUGGCCCACAGUUUAUGAUGGGGCCCCAGGGUAAAGUGCCUGGCAGAAAGAGAGGACGGCCACCCAUCCGUAAGCUGGAGUUCCAGGGUCACUACAUAGAGCCUCUGUCGUCCCACAAGGUCCCCAAAAAGAGAGGCAGGAAACCUGGCUUCAAGCUGAAGCCCAGGAUGGUCAUGUCCCCACUGGCCAACUCUUCUCCCAGCAGCACUCCAGAGCCUGAGAUGGGCUCAGUACCACAGGACGCUGCAAUCGUCCCUCAGUCGUCCACACCACAGGUCCUAACAGCAGAGACACCAGUGCCUGACGACUUCUUAUGUGACCCACCGGUGGAGUCCAAGAGAUACGCCGUGGACCCCAGUGACUCCGGGUUUAACCUCAUGGUGUCACAGUACCCAGCAAAGCGCUCGUAUGGUUACCGUGGCAGCAGGUGCUCCACUCCAAUGGGCUUGUGCAGACAAUUGUCAUGCCCAGGCAGCUUCCAGGAUACAAACAGAAAUGGCUACAGUCCAAUGCCAGACUCUGGAGAGUGCAAACGUCCUGCUGGUAAGGACCCAUCUAACUGGAGUGUGGAGGAGGUGGUUUGGUUCAUCAAAGACGCUGACCCUCAAGCACUAGGACCUCACGCUGAAGUCUUCAGGAAACAUGAGAUAGACGGAGACGCUCUGCUGCUGCUGAAAAGUGAGAUGAUGAUGAAGUACCUGGGGCUGAAGCUGGGCCCCGCGCUCAAACUCUGUUACCACAUCGACAGGCUCAAACAGAAUCGGUUGUGAUUUUCUGCUAAACUUCCGGGUCACCUCUGCUUUCACACUGAUUCACACAGACUUUCUCAACCAUCAGCAAUAGGUCACGACCACCUUUGGACUUUUUUUUCACAAAUUGGACCCCGUUCACGUCUUUUUUUCCUCCCCAUCUUUGUUUACUGCAUAUCUGAAUGGUUUUACAGUGUAAAUAGUGCCACAUAAAUGGCAGCGACAGUACAUUGAAAUGUGCAGAUCUCAGUUAUUGACACGUUUUUUUUAAAUUCAAAGAAAUUCUUUCAGAUAAUCCGUUUGGAGGCGAUUCAAAAUCUCAAAAAACUCAAAUUUUUAAUCCUUCAGAUCUGUUCUCUUUUCACCUCGAUAUAAAAGAUGUACUGUAUUUCAUCAUCAAGAAAAAGUGAAACAAAGUAACAGGGGCAUUUUUUUUUUUUUUUACCACAAACCACAGCUCGGCGCUGAGUGAAUGAACAGCGAAACCAUACGGUGUCUGACUAAGCAGAUGUGCUCAGAAUCACACUCAAGGCAGGAAACAAGGCAGAUGGAUUUUCAUUAUGCUCUCAUAAAUUGUAUGUGAUGUUACACUUUCUGGUUUUACAGUCUUGACUUGCAACACUUCCAGUGUGCCAGAAGGUUGCAGAACUGUGUGAGUGAUGACAUCUGGAAACGAACCCAUAUGACUUUGUGCUCAGUCAAAACAUUACUGCGAAUACAGCCUCAUCAAUCCUCAAUAUUUAUUUAUUGCAAUAAACAUACACUCAUGCAGAUGUUUAGUACUCAGAAUUACUAUAUAUUUACAUUUCUUGGGGGGCAUUAUUACACAGUUUUAAUUAAGAAAUGAUGCCAUGGGUCAUAUAAAAAAGGAGAAUACACAAAAAGACAUAAAUAAAAAUGUCUUUCAAAAGGGGCUUGAACACCACCUGGGGUCUUAUCUGUGCAACAUCCAUACAAAUACACUUAUGGUUAUAUGGUUUCUAUUCUAUUCACACGAUACCUCUCUAGUUAUUUUAGCUGUGAAUUUCUCCAAGUUGUGUUUUUUUUUUUUUUUUUACCAGACAACAAUGCAGCAGUACUUUAUGUCCAAUCGUAAAGAAAAACUGACCAACUACUCAGUAUAAGCAUUAACAGUGACAGCAUUAAUAACAGUAAUCAAAGACACAAAACCUACAUUUGUCAUGUAAUAUUGUACAAAUCUCAGUUUGGACACACGUUAUCAAUCUCAUGGAGAUUUGUUCAAUUAACCUAGUGGAAUUUUCAUUGCUAAAUAUGUAUAUGAUAUUUUGUGUUUUACUUAAAAUUUUCUCUGAAAUUUUGUGUCACAGUCAGACUUAUAAGAUGAGCAGCUUGUAUGUUGAAAUAGGAUGUCGUCUGUUAAAGUGAGCUACUAAACUUUUGCUUUUUUUUAAAAA